GAAUAAAAUCCGAUUCGUGUUGGCUUUUCACACAUUGCGCUCACGCGUGCGCGCGUCACUCGCAAAUCGCGUACUAUAAAGGCGAAAUGGCAACAUGAAUGAUCUUUCAGUGUUGAAUUGCAAUCGAUCGAGAUUCCACAGUGCUAAAACAUCUUCGAUUCGUUCUAUUUUUCCUCGUUUCUUCAAUUCGGAUUCAGUUUAAACUACCUCAAAACAUUGGAUAUUCAGAGAAAUUCAUUCAAGCGACGAACUAUCUAACAAAAAAAAGAAUUUAAAACAAAUCAAAAUGAAUAAGUUAUCAAUUUGUUUCGUGCUAAUUGCAAUAAUUGUGAUGGAUGCCACUGCACAACAAGCCGGUUUAUUGAAUGUUCCGGAGCCGCAGUCAUUCAACGAUCAAUCGGCAUUAACAAACAAACAGAAUCUUCAAUCGCAGAAAUAUCAGGAUUUUAUUCAUCAAUUGUAUCGCUUUGAUAAGGAUAGUCUGAAACGUGUCGACAGUUUAUUUGCGAAUGCGGACCGACUACAAGUUCGAUCGGGCGGUACAAGCGCAGCCGAAGCACAACAGCCCAGCUAUUCCGACUACAUUCGGACACAACCGGUCGCACAACACCAACCAAUCAAUUAUAUCGGUAUUUCGCAAGAUUCUAGCAAACGAUUAAAACGUAGUGCUCAGGGUGCCAUUUUUCGGCCUUUGUUUGUUUAUCGAAUAUUUCAGGAGCGUACGCUAGAGCGUGAGGAAGAACGUGUACGACGACGGCUAAUCGCUAACCGAAGACGAGCAUCAAUACAUCUAAAGAACCAAUAUGAUUACUAAACACGAAAAAAAAAAUUAUCCGUUUUAAAGAAUAAUAUGAUUAAUCACUGUGCUAUCGUAAGACUAAUUCUUUUAGUUUAGAGAAAAAGGACAGAAAAAACCAAGAAAAAAACCAACUGAUGUAAACUGUGAUGGGGGGGGAAGAGGGAAAGUGGUGGGUGGUUCAUGAAUUCCGCUGAAUCCGAUUAACCUUAUUACAGCUUGCACACUAUUAAAUUAUUUAUUAUUAAAUCAUCACUUAUGCCUUAAAUGGAACAGAUAAGCUUAAUGAAAAUAAAUUCUGGUUUGCGGAUCAAUGAAUAUGAACACAA